GCAGAGGCUUUAUUGUGAUAGGACAGAGAGGAAGUGCUGAUGUUUUGGAUGUGAUUUGACAGUGGAUGUUAGUGUCCUCAGAUCAGCAGCAGUCAGCUGAGUCUCCACUGAUCUGACUGCGAGUGGAUCUCACAGGAAAACAAACAAACAAACAAACAAACAAGCAAACAAACAAACACAGUAUGGACGACUUCCUGACGACGAGCAGCGCUGCAGCAAAGACCAGAUUCCACGGCAACAGGAGAGUCCAUGUCGUCCUAGGCAGUGAGUCAUGUGACCUGGACUCUGUGGUGUCAUCGUUGGCGAUGGCCUACUUCCUGUCCAGGACGUUGUCCGGUCCUCCAGGCGGUUCUCUAGCUCUUUCGGUUCUCAACGUUCCACGGUCGCACUUCCACCUGCGAGCCGACGUCCUCCUGCUGCUGAGGGAGGCCAGCGUCGCGACGGAGACCCUGGUGUUCAGAGACGAGGUGGACCUUGCCCGUCUCCAUGGCGACAGGAGGCUGGCACUGACACUGGUGGACCACAAUGUCCUGCCGAGUGCCGACAGUGGCCUGGAGGGGGCGGUAGUAGAAGUCAUCGACCACCACCAGCUAGAGAGGACCUCCUCCUUCUCCUGUCCCAUCACCAUGGAGAUGGUGGCGUCAUGCACUACUUUGGUAACGGAGCGGAUUCUGUCCAGAGCACCCGAGAUCCUGGACAGACAACUGGCUCUGCUGCUGUAUGGUGUGAUGGUGGUGGACAGUGUAAAUCUGUCUCCUCAGGUCGGUAAAGGGACAGUCAAAGACAGUCAGAUGGUCCGACUGCUGCAGAUGCAGUUCCCUGAUCUGCCACACAGAGGCGCUCUUCACACCUCCCUGCACACAGCAAAGUUUGACCUGUCAGGUCUCUCCACAGAGCAGAUCCUCCUGAAGGACAUGAAGAUGGUUGCCGGGGGCGACGUGAGAGUAGCUGUCAGCACCGUCUACGCGAGUCUGGAUUCGUUUCUACGCAGGAAUAAUCUGCGGCAGGAGCUCUGCGACUUCUGCCACUCGCACCGGCUGGACGCUGUGGUCGCCAUGACGAUCUCCUUCAGCGACCAAUCAGACGAGCCCGUCAGGCAGCUGGCGGUCUACAGCUCCAGCUCGCAGUACAGGCAGGAGAUUAGCCACGCCCUCUUGAACACAAGCCCCGCCCCCAGCCUCUCUCCUGUCAGCAGCCCAUAUAAGGACAUCCUGGCCUAUCACCAAGGCAACGCUCUGGCCUCUCGCAGAAAACUCCUUCCUGUCCUCGCACACUUCCUGUCUGACUGGUGGCAGAGAGAGGUGCAUUGUGGGGCAGACGGCGAGGAGGAGCUGGAGGACCAACUCGACCAAUCGGACAUGAUGAUCUCUGACACGUUUCCUUUCAGCGCAGAGUCGCCGGCCGACCUCGCCGACGACCGCCCGCCUCAUGUUUAUUCCAUCUCUCGUCACCACCAGCGGCGGCUGCAGCUGGGAGCAGAGGAUUAUGGGAACGUGGAGGAGGAUUACUGCGGCAGGACGACGCCUCCGGUGCCGAUGAACAGUUUGGUGGACGGCUGCCCGCUGGACGGCGGCUUCAACCAGGAAGCUUUACUGGAGAAGUUCAACAGGAUGGGAGGGGUGGAGGAGGAGCAGGGGGGGAGUGGCCAGUAGAGAGGAAGAGGAGGAGGAGGAGGAGGAGGAGGAAGAAUAUGGCGGACUCCAUAUUCAUUCUUGACCUUAGAAAUGGUAGUUUGAGAAAAAUAAUCUAAAAAAUAAUCUUAACUCAAAUUCCACUUUCCAUCUUUUUCCACAGCUUUCAACCGUUUCUCACGUCCUCGUGAGAAGGAACGCAGGUUCUUUAAUUUAAUUCUACUAACUUUUUACUUCCGCGGACAUUUAAACAAAACAAAAGACGUAAUAAAAUUAUGAUCCGCAGGAGGCCACCUGAGUUUACACUGAAAGGGUCUGAAAAGCCAACUUCAGUCGAGAAGUGUUCACAUCCUUUACCGCAGUAAAAGUACGACACCACGCUGUGAAAGUACUCCACUACGAGUAUUCAAAACCUCACUGCAGUAAAAGUAUAUAAGUAUUAUCAGCUGACUGUAAAACGCUUCCUGUCAGUGUUUAUUAUAUCUGAUGUUUCUGGAUUCAUGUGUGUGUUGCAUUUUACUGCUGCAGAUGUUUCAGGUU